GAUGUCCAGGCCUGAAGCGCAGCUCGCUUUGUUGGCUCCAUCUUCUCUGUGCAAAGCGCUUGGGACCUCCGCCAGUGCCACCGUGCAAGCACUUCGUUCGCUCCGGAUCCUGCCUGUAUGGGGACGAGUGCUUUUUUGCACAUCCCGAUGAGGCCGGCCGUGAAGCUGUGUUGCGACAGCUGCGGCGAGCCCAACGGCCGAACGCCAAAAUUGCAAACCGUGGGGAGGGACGGCGGAACGGAGUAAAGAACUAUAGCAAAGCAUCGGUGUUGAGAAGGUGGCUUUUGGACAAUUUCGGCGUUGAAAGAUUGCGUGCUGGCAGCGGUGUUUUGGAUAUCGCUGGUGGAAAGGGCGAGUUGGCAUGGGAACUCGUCAACCUGAACUUGAUUCCUUCGGUUGUGCUGGAGCCACGGUUGCUAGAGCUGCAGUCCGUAGAGCGCAAGUGGCAAAAUGGCAUUUUCUGGCGCAACCCGAUUUUCCACAGCCACCUUCACUGUGCCCAUGAUGGAUCUAUUCCACCACAGACGCCACAGCACCUGCGCUUGUUGCUGACGUCGGCGCUUAUAAGUUGGCUUUGCCCUGAGCCUUAUGUUGAUAGCGAGACGGAUGACAAGGCGGAAAACCUGAGGGCCUUCAGUGACUCUUGUAGGCGAGCGGCAGACCUUCGCUGGACGCGGAAAGGAUUGCGAGUGCACGAGGAUGAAAUAAACGGCGAAGAACCUGGAGACGAUGAGCUUGAAGAUCUGGAAGUGCUGCAGGAAUGUGACAAGAUAUUGCAAAAUUCUGAUGAUGCUUCUCUGGAAGAGACGGCCGAGACGCGGGCCAGCUCUCUGUCCGAGCAGCAGAAUGCAGAGAUGGUUAAGGAGUGCAUACAAACUUGCAGCGCAAUUGUGGCACUGCAUCCUGACCAAGCUGCUGAGCCUGCGUUGCGCUUGGCCCUUGCCUUGCGGAAGCCGUGCGCCAUCGUGCCCUGCUGCGUCUACUCGGCAGAAUUCCCGAAGCGCAAGCUGAGCACGGGGCGGCCAGUGAGGACAUACCAUGAUCUUUUGGAGUACCUGCAACAGCUCGAUGAUCGGAUUCAGCGGGUGGACCUUGAGUUUGAGGGCAAGUGUCAUUUGGCUUGA